AUGUCUGGGACGAAGAGUCACUUUGGCCCAUCACCGGAAUAUCUAGCUAAGCACCGUACCCAGUAUCCAAACUCGCGCACCAUUCUCGUGACGGGGGCGACAGCAGGCAUCGGUCUGGCCAUCACGCAGCAUCUUCUGUCAUCUAGUGCCCAGCACCUGCUCAUUCUAACGGGUCGCAAGGCCAACAGAUUACAGGACUUACGGACGCAAAACCCCGAUCGGGUGAUUACCAGGGCAGGAGACAUGGCGGACUUGGAGUAUGUGAAGGGAAUUCUUCGGGAUGUCGAAUUAGAAGGGCGGCUGGAUGGUGUCAUUCUCAAUCAUGGCACGUUGGGCGCGUGUUUGAGGUUGGCGGACAUGCAGGCGGAGGAAUGGGAGGGCACAUUUUGUAUCAAUGUGACGAGUUGUGUGGUUUUGAUCCAAUCCGCUCUUCCAUUCCUCCGCGCUUCGAAAGGUCGUAUCAUCUUUACAUCCUCCGGCGCUGCCAGCAACGCAUAUUCUUCCUGGGGAGCUUAUGGCGCCUCCAAAGCAGCCAUCAACCAUCUUGCAAUGACGUUGAAAAACGAGGAACCGGAAGUAACAACCGUAUCGAUCCGGCCUGGUGUGGUUGACACAGCAAUGCAGGUUGAUAUUAGGGAAAAGUAUUUGAAAAAUAUGGACGAGAAAGAUCAGGUGAAAUUUCUGAGUGCAAAGAAGGAUGGAAAAUUGUUGCCACCAGAAAAGCCCGGGGUGGUUAUCGCCGAGUUGGUUGUAAGAGCAGACAUAGAAUUGUCAGGAAUGUUUCUAAGUUGGGAUGAUCCCAAGUUAGUGGAUUACCAACCAAAGUAG